GCGGCCGGACCGUGCGCGCGUGGCGGCCAUUCUGCGCGAGUCGGACCCGCAGCGGCUUCAGCGCCAGCUCCUGCUCAUGCUGGUGGAGGCUGAGGUCCUGCGCAGUCAGCUGGCGGCGCUGGGUGGUGACCCUAAGCGUGACCCCGGUGGCGGUGACCUCGACGCGGCGCCUGAAGCCGACCCCCGCAAUAAGGUGGCCGCCCUGCAGCGAACCAACGGUGAUCUGCGCCUGCAGCUGGAGGAGCGCCGGAUCGAGCUGGAGGGCACGCGCGCCCGGCUCCGGCAGCUGGAGACGCCGUCGCCGUCGCCGGCGGGCGCCGCGCGGCCGCGCGCCGGCCGGCCGGCCGCGCGCUGGGGCGGCGCCAGCCUGUCGGCCUCGCCGCACGACCGAAGCCUGGGACACUCGAGCAUACCGGUGCUGGUGCGCGCGGCCAGCCCGACACGGCAGCGACGCCGGCCACGCUCCGGACACGCGUGCGACGGACAGACGGCGUGCGCGCCAUGCGCCAGCUGA